AUGGCCAGAGGAGCCCGGGAGGCCAGCCCGGGAGGGGGAGAGUGUCGUGGGCUGUUUGACAGUGGCCAAGGGGCAGCCGAGUGGCUCCCCCUCACUCAUCCUCCUGCCUUCGGGGAGGUCUUCUCUCUCCUCCCCUCGUCCUCAGGAAUCAACCCUGGUUUGGGCAGGCAUGAGAUGGUCCCGGGGGCGACCCCUAACCUCCCAGCUCUGAGCCCCCGGAGCUGCGCCUGCCGCCCAGACAGGCGAGGGCAGAGCCGGGUGUUGAGGCAGCGCCCUCAGCUGCCUGCUCUCCCAAGUCGGGCGCGUUUUCCCAAGCGGUUAGGUCUCCCAGGACUGCCUCCUAGACCUUCUGUCCCGAAGGUGUCUUUCUUCUCCGGCUCAGUAGCUUCUUACGGAAGUUGGAGGGUUUUGCUUCCUGCCGCUUCAGCUCCUCUGCGAGCAGAAAGCGCCGGCCAGGCGGCAGCUGCCCUGCGUUCCCGAGGCUCCCGGUCCUCAAGACUGCCCCGCGGUGCCCGACAUGUCAGCCUGAACACGUGUCAGUCAGAAGCUAGUAGUGUCGCUGCAGCCUCCCCUUUGAGAACAUGGGGCGCCCGGGUUCUGCCGGGUCUCCGCGCUCCCCGGGCUUCCCUGCCUUCGCUGCGUCUGGUCCUGCACCACAUGCGCCGGGUGUUGGUGGCCUGCCGUCUGCACCGUGGGUCGUCCCCUCUGUCGUCUGGCUCCGUCUUCUCCUGGAGUCCAGCCACCUUGACGCGGCCUGGAGGUGCUCACUCGCGCACACGUGGUCGCAUCACAGCUGCAGGACUUUGUGCAGUGCUGGGGGCGGUGUUUGGACUCACGUGCAGGACGGUGGCCGGCCGGGAGAGGCGGGAGGCGCUGGCUUCCACCAGGCCCCUCCGACCACUCGGGGAGGUGGAAGCUGCAGCCAGCGCCCCGCAGCUGCACCGGCCCGAGGCCUGCCUCUUCGCCCUGUCCCCUGAGGAUGGCCGAAGUGCACUCACGUGA